UCUCCCACCCUGCCCGAACGUGAAAGUGGUCUGCGCCGCAUCAGACAAUCCCACAAUCGCCAACCUACCUCACCCCAGUUGCAGACCUCCCGCACUCCUUCGCUCAACAUCAACAUACCUCCACAGCCGCUGCCCGCCUCGCUGCCCUCAGGCCCUUCGUCGCCAGUAUUACCCUUUGGCGAGGACCUCAGCCGCUUCCCAUCCGAGUCUUUGCAUUCCUUCUCCUUCGCACAUCAGUCCGAGACGUCGAUACACAAUCGCCAGAUGAUACUCAAGAGAUCCGUCGACUUCAUGAAAGAUAGACCAGGGUGGGGUUCUUCAAAUCCUGCAAUUCUGAACGCUCAAGCAAAAAUCACUGGAGAUCAGGAAGCACAGAGCAUGGUGGAACUGCUACAACGUGCCAACUUGCUAGGUCCAGAUGGCAAUUCGUUGCAGGCUCCGGGCUUGGGCAUAAUGGGUGCUCCGCUCAGCGGUCCUGCUGAUCCAUCGGCAGACAACAUUUUCGAGAAGAACUUCGCGCCCCUCAGUGAGAGCCCCAAGGACUUCGACGACGACUUGGUCAUGUCGCCCACCUCUCCCAAGUUCAUCAAGUCAUCUGAAGAGAAGGAUACACUGCAACCUGAGCCCAAGCGCAUCUCGCUCAAGCGCACCUACACUGACACAAGCGGUCUAAGCUUGCAACAUCGUCUUGCCGACGCUCUAGCCACACCCUACCACGCUGCUGAUGUGCCCCGCCGAGCAGAGUCGACCACUUCGCUUGCUGGAUCUACCUCCCACGCUCAUGGUCACGGUCAUGGCAGACAAUCUGCUGCUGCCCAAGCUAUUUUCACCACCGAUGCGCGCGCUCCUUGGACCAUCACUGCUGCCAACGAUUUGGCAUGUCUUGUUUUUGGUGUCACUCGUGCUGAAGUGCGCAAGAUGGGUAUCAUGGAAGUUAUUCGUCCCGAGCGACGCAAAUGGCUCGAAAACAAGUUGAGACAACCCGACUCGGAUCUCUACAACCAAAACAACAAAUCUCCUAAUCACAGUCCAUCAUCUUCAUCUCUGGCGAAGGGUAGUGGUGUGACGGCCAAGCUCCUAAGCAAACCCCCUGCCCGCCAAACUUACCAGAGUAGACGCUCGAAAACCGUCAACGGAAUCGACUCAGCUUCGACAACACGCCGUGCCGCCCCCAAUUCCUCACAAAAAUCACGUGGUGUGCUACUAUGUGGUGAUGUUGUUCCUAUUCAGAAGCGCAAUGGCGACAUUGGAUCAGCCAGUUUGUGGGUCAAAGAAAAACAGGGCGGCUUGAUUUGGGUGCUUGAAGAGAUUGCCGAGGAUGUUGCUUACAUUACAGUUGAUGAGAUUGGUUGCGUCGAAAAGGGUGUCGGUGCAUUAGAGUCCAUAUGGGGUAUCGAGAGAGUGCGUAGGGGCACAGAUAUUAGGAAAUUGGUUCCCGAAUUGCCAAAAUUGGCCGGUACGAAUACUGGUAUGCUGGACUUCGAUCAGAUCGCUUCGUUACGCCGCUACACCGCUCGCACUGCGAACAGCAUCAGUGUUCCUAUCACUAUCGAUCAACUCUCUGGCCAACCGACAUUGCGCAUUUCCAGCUUCCCUCAUAUUGCUGGCAUCCUUGUUCUGAAUCCCGAUACGCUCGAGAUUGCCAGCUCAAAUAAUGUCUUCUCUGCUUCUCUUUUCGGCUAUGAUGCCCCCGACGGCCUUCCCAUUACAGACUUAAUACCCUAUUUCGACAGUAUACUCCACUUGUUGACCGACGAAGACAAGAUUCGCUUGGUCGACGGUCUUGUCAUUCCAGAACACAGUUUCAGGAAAGCCCGCGCACUCCUUGCCCUUCGCGAAGGUCGUGCAGAUGCAGCUUCCAUCUUCCUCAAGCCCAGUGGUCUGCCUGCAAAACAUAGAGAUGGUUCAGACAUCAUGAUUGAUGUUCAGAUGCGCGUCGUCAAAAGUGAUCGCCACAGCUUUGACAGCAUUCCGGAACACAGCCGUAUAGAUGCAGAUUCUUUGCCUGCAUCAGAGGUUGUCUACGCCUUGUGGAUUACAUACUCGAGACAGCUUCAUGCUGUCAAUCACGGUGUUGGUCCUGUCAUUCCGGUAGCGUCCAGGCCUGUCACUCCUCCGCAGCAACCGGCGCCUGCACCAUCAAACUCGAGUGGAGAUCAGGACAGCGAAGACUCCAGCAGUGAGACCAAGACAAAGGUCGAUACUCCUUCACUCAUAACUCAACAACUACAACAUUCACCAACUCAAUCACACUCAUCAGGAACGCCAUUGCUUACGAGCGAACCUUUCGAACAUCCAUCUCCUGCUGCUAUUGAAGCUGGUGCAACCACUAUCAAGAAGAAGACCAUCGCUGAUUUCCUUAUUCUUGAAGAAAUGGGUCAAGGAGCGUAUGGUCAAGUCAAGCUCGCGAGAUACAAAAAAGCAAAUGCACAGAAGAUGUGUAUCAAGUAUGUCACAAAACGCCGCAUUCUGGUCGACACGUGGACUAGAGAUCGACGACUCGGCACAGUGCCGUUGGAGAUUCACGUUCUGGACUAUCUACGACGUGACGGCUUGCAGCACCCGAAUAUUGUCGAGAUGGCCGAUUUCUUCGAAGAUGACAUCAACUACUACAUUGAGAUGAUUCCACAUGGUCUGCCUGGCAUGGACCUAUUCGACUACAUCGAACUUCGUGUUAAUAUGGAGGAGAAGGAGUGUCGCAAAAUUUUCGUACAAGUCGCCAAUGCUUUGCAUCAUUUGCACAUCAAAGCCAAGGUCGUACAUCGAGACAUCAAGGACGAAAACGUCAUUCUCGACGGAGAUGGUGCUGUCAAGCUUGUCGAUUUUGGCAGUGCAGCGUACAUCAAGUCAGGCCCCUUUGACGUAUUCGUUGGCACCAUCGACUAUGCGGCGCCUGAGGUUCUGCGCGGCAGCCCUUACCGAGGCAAAGAGCAAGACGUGUGGGCGCUUGGCAUCCUUCUAUACACAAUUGUGUACAAGGAGAACCCAUUCUACAGCAUCGACGAGAUUAUGGACCACGAUCUAAGAGUGCCGUAUAUUAUGAGCGAAGACUGCAUCGACCUCAUCCGCAAGAUGCUGGACCGUGACGUCGAGAGACGUAUCGGCAUUCAAGCUGUUAUCGAUCAUCCAUGGUGCACACACGUCGACCCAGAGGAUGACUAA